AUGACUUUAUAUCAGUUUUUCAUGAUCAACUGUUUUUGUUCAUCAAUAUUGAGAACUUAUUGCUCACCUUUAGAUGGUCUGCUGUACUCUAUUGAUGCCAACUCAAAAGUGGGGGCGCAUAGUCAUCUAAGAGAUACACCAUAUACAUCAAGGGCACAUGUUGAUCAAUUGAUUCACUCAGACUCAGAUCAUCUUGUUCAGGAUAAAAUGGGGGAAAUCACCAGUAUUGAUGAUCCAACACUCAGUUUUGUGCAAUCAGAUCAAAAGUUGGAUGUUAUCUCCCACAAGAAACAGAAGGUGACUGUGACUGGGCAUCCACAAACUCCAGAAUGGUUGGGUGACAACAACUUUUCUCAACAUGGCAGAAUCAAUAAACCUGCUUCUGUUCAACAAUUUGAGUUUUUUCCAACUAAAUCCAAUGAAUCUGUUGAAAAGACAUUUCAGGAGGUUUCACCCAAUACUUUUCAUCAUCCCAAAACUUACAAUGAAGAGAAAAGACCACUUCAACUUUUGCCAGAAUUCCAUCAAGAAGAACAUUUUUCAAAUCUUGAUACUCUUUUGUCAAUAGGUCCUCCAUCCAAACCUUCUGAUAGAAUUUCAGACACAGAAAGCUCCACAUUGAUGAUAAAACCAUUGGACACAGCAGCUGAGGUUGAAGAACAAGAUUAUGGUACACAGAAAUCAGACCAACAAUCAGGUUUUGAAGAGGUUCCAAAAGAGUACAGAUUGGGUGCUUGCUAUCAAUCUGCAAUGUACAUACUCCCAAGAGUGGGUGAAUUGAUUGUUCAGAGUCAUGGAUCUCUUAGUAAACAAAUUACACCUUGGCUUCACAAAUUAAACAAGCAAAUUGGACCCAAAAUACAAUCUCUUUCUAUUCCUUAUGAUCAAAAAGACAAAAUACAAGCUCAAAUCUCAGAUGCCAUUGAAGUACAAGCAAACAGUAUAGUGACACCAGCCUUCCUUGCCUGCUUGAAAUUUGCUUACCAUAGGAAAUCUGAAGAUCUCAAAAGCAUAUAUGACUCAGGAUGGAAGUUUAUUUCAAGUAUAUUUGAAGCAUGGCAAGAUAUAGAUUUGAAAGGAGCAAUCAAUAAGAAGUUGAAAUCUAUUUCAAAGAAAAAACAAAGACUUGAUCCUGUCUUUAUGUUAAGCUAUAUAUUAACAUCAAACUAUAUAUGGGGUGCGAUCUCCAUGACAUUUUUAUGGAAACUCUGUGAUAAGUGGGACAAAACAUACUCCAAGGAUAAGAAAACAAUUCCUCUUGAACUUGAUUUUAAGAAUUUCUCACAGAGGAUUCUUUCAGGUAUCAAAAAGGAAGGUGAGUUUAUCACUAGUAGGAACUGUAAGCCAUUAAGAGUAAUGCUACUGGGGUCCCAUAAAUCUGAUCAAAGAAUGGGCAAGUCUACAAAAAAAUAG